AUGGCGAAAGGAAAGAGCACCAAGAGCUCAUCCUCAUCUUCAAAAGGCAGCGAUGUCAAACUUCGCCAACGACCUACAGCCGCCUUCCCCAACGGCACACCCAGCUCGGAGACUGUAGAAAAGCCUGGCUUGCUAGAAUCACGACAAUCUUUGAAGGCGGAAGAGGGAAGUACCCCCACAACUAGCAAGGAUGCGCUUCUUAUUCCAGCAUCACCGCCCGUCGAUGGCAAGAGCGGUGUCUCGGUCUCUGAAUCCCAAACCAGCCAAGAGGCGUCCGGAUUUAUGGAUCUCUCACCCCAGGACCAGAAGGCCAUGAUCCUGCUUGUCAUUCUAUACCUUCUGCAAGGUGUACCUGUGGGACUUGCUUUCGGUACCAUGCCCUUUUUGCUCAAGUCCAAGCUGAGCUACGGCGAUAUCGGCUUCUUUAUGCUCUGCACCUACCCUUAUUCGCUCAAGCUUUUUUGGAGUCCUAUCGUCGAUUCGACGUUUGUCAAUCAGUUACGGCUUCCGCUCUUCGGCACCAUCUCCCUUGGUCGUCGUAAAAGCUGGAUUGUUCCCAUCCAGGCGGUGGUCGGCGUCAUGUUCUGGUACCUCUCUUCCAACGUCGACCAGCUUCUAUUGGCCGACUUGCCCAACGUCAAGCUCAUAACUCUCAUCUUCUUCGUACUCAUCCUGUUUGCUGCUACCCAAGACAUUGCCGUCGAUGGCUGGGCGUUGACUCUUCUCUCACAAGAAAACUUGUCAUACGCAAGCACGGCGCAAACUGUGGGACUCAACUCGGGCUACUUCCUUAGCUUUACCGUGUUCUUGGCAUUCAAUUCGGUCGAGUUCAGCAACAAGUACUUCCGCUCAACACCGUUGGACUAUCCGCUGCUCUCGCUUUCCUCGUACAUGCGCUUCUGGGCUGUCGGAUUUUUGUUGGUGACAGUGUGGCUGGUAGUGUUCAAGAAGGAAGACGAAGAAGCCUCCGAUGCACCAGAUAUGGAUGUCAAGCAGGUCUACUCGAUCAUGUGGAGGAUCUGCCAACUGAAACACGUGCAGACGUUUAUCCUGAUUCACUUUGUCGCCAAGAUCGGCUUCCAGGCCAACGAAGCAGUCACGGGCCUAAAGCUGGUUGAAAAGGGCUUUGGUAAAGAAGAUUUAGCAUUGGCCGUGUUGAUCGACUUCCCAUUUCAGCUCAUCUUUGGCUACCUGGCCGCAAGGUGGAGCAAAGGCGAUCGCGCAUUGCAGCCAUGGGUGGUAGCGUUCUUCUUCCGCCUCGGCUUCGCAGUGCUUUCCAUGGUUAUCGUGCACGGCAUGCCCAAAGCGCCUAUCGGUACCAGCUACUUCUUUGUUGUUAUCGCUAGCACUGUCGCUGGGAGCUUCGCAUCUACUGUCCAAUUCGUGGGCAUCUCGGCUUUCCACACGCAGAUCGCCGACCCGCUGAUCGGCGGAACAUACAUGACACUGCUCAACACGGUUUCGAACCUCGGCGGGACGUGGCCACGCUACUUUGUGCUCAAAGCCGUCGACCUCUUCACCAUCUCGAGUUGCCAACCGCCAUCCAGCUCGUCGCUGCUCAAGGACCCGGAGAUCGCCAAGCUGUGGGCUACUGCGUCCAAAGGCAUCGGCGCCAACGAAUGCACAUCAGACCUGGGCAAAGCAGCUUGCUCCGCCGCCGGCGGAGAAUGCCACAUCGAGCGCGAUGGAUACUACUGGACAUCCACCCUCUGCGUCGUCAUCGGCACUUUGCUCUUGAUUACUUUUAUCAUUCCCGCAUCCCGAAAGCUGCAGGCCUUGCCUCCAAGCGCAUGGCGAGUAAAUUUGCACUCCAAGAUUCAGUAA